GGGCACGUCUGGGUUUUGUUGCUGGUUUUAUUUGGAACUGAGAGUUUCCUACCUAGUUUAAAUAAGAAACCUUUGUGUUGAUACUCUGAAAAUAGCUUUCUGAAUAGCUGCUUCCAAGUUUGAGAUAGCUAUGAUGUGAAGAAAGGUGUGAACUGCACUGCUUCUUAAUUUGCUGAAUUAAAUCCCAGUGAUAGCACAGCUGAUAAACUUAAGAAAGAUAGCAAAGUGCCUGUUUGGAUGGUAGAGGAACCUGGGCAGGGUAUGUUCCUUCAGAUUUAAAUCUAAAGAAAUAAUAUGAUAAACUUACUGACCUGCAUAGUGGCAUUUCUUUGUUCGUAAAGCUUAAUUUGGGUACAUGUGGUGCUUAAUGAAAAAACUAAAAAUAAUUUUGUCUUUAAGUGUUCUGGGUUGUCAUUGGGAUAUUACUAAUGUAGGUAUUGUGACAGCAUUUCCAUUUGUCGUAGGUAGAAUGCUAUAUAAAUUAAUGGUGCAGUUUUCUCCAGCAUUUACCAAAGUGGUAAUUCAGACUUCUUUCUUCCCAGUUGCAGUAAGUGUUCAGCAAUUCCCUAAAGAGAAAUCUCUGUUUCUCUCAGACCCACUCCAAUGAGAGAUGAGCUUUUGCUUAUUCCCAGUUACACAGUUCCAUUGGCUGCUUUUUGACAAAUAUUGUCAGGUUUCUCCUUCUGACCCACUUGUUGUGGACACUGGAGAGUCUUAAAAGACCAACUGUGUUGUGCAGUAAAGAUGUAAGAAGUCUUCUGGGUGUACCCUAUGAGAUACGCUGCUAGGUAUUAGCGUAACCUAGCAAUCUCCAACCCCCUGAAUACUCAACCUUCCUCCUCACUUUGCUGGAGCACACAGUGAGUAGCUCAAACUCUUAGUUCAUCUUCCUUAUCCCAUUAUUGUGCUUAUGUCGUCUUUGCUCUCAGGUGAAGUGGAAGGUGUUUUUUUUCAGCAGCAGAGUGAUUCACUACUAUUGAAAACUGUGCCUUUUAGACCAUUCUGUGCCUUCUCUUUCAAUGUAGCAUUCAUGUUGGUGAAAUGAGCUUUAGGCGUGCUGAGCUUGCAGCUUGCAGAACUCAGGGAAUCCAUGCAGGAAGGUAGAGUUAACUAUUGAACCAGUGUGUGUGACACUGACAAGCUUCAUGCCCAGCUGACUUCCCCUCACCCUUGGACUGCCCUGUCACUUGUUAGUUGCAUGGUACUUCCACACCCAGGCUUCUUUUUGGUUUUUGUUUUCAAUUUAUCAGGUCCCUCUCUAGGUUACUGCGGCAUCUUAGUUUAAGACACCAAGUGAUGCUGACUUUGCCUUGGAGCGGCUGAUCCCAGAGCACAAAAGCAUGCACUUUCAUUCCUUCUGUUAAUCAAACUCCGCACCAAGUCUUGAAGAAACAGAGGCUUGGGAACACUGGCAGCCUUGUAAGAGACAUCGUGAACUAUUACAAGAUUUAACAGCUGAAGAUAUAAACAACUGUGGACAGCUCUUGCGGUUAGAAGAUGGAGAACAACGUAACUACUAUCUCUCGUGAAGAGCUUGAAGAGCUAAGAGAAGCAUUCAAUAAGAUAGAUAUUGACAACAGUGGGUAUGUCAGUGACUAUGAGCUCCAGGACCUGUUUAAAGAAGCAAGCCUACCCUUGCCUGGUUACAAAGUCCGGGAGAUCAUAGAAAAGAUUUUUGCGGUAACAGAUAGCAACAAGGACGGGAAAAUAAACUUUGAAGAAUUUGUCUCUUUAAUUCAGGAAUUGAAAAGUAAAGAUGUUAGCAAAUCUUACCGAAAAUCAAUAAACAAAAAGCUGGGUAUUACAGCACUUGGAGGAACAUCCUCAAUAUCUACGGAAGGGACACAGCAUUCUUAUUCAGAGGAAGAAAAAGUUGCUUUUGUUAAUUGGAUAAAUAAAGCUCUACAAGAUGACCCAGACUGUAAGCACAUUCUCCCUAUGAACCCAUCAGAUGCUAGUCUUUUUAAAUCCCUUGCAGAUGGCAUUCUUCUUUGCAAAAUGAUUAACUUUUCACAACCAGAUACAAUUGAUGAAAGGGCUAUUAAUAAGAAGAAACUCACUCCUUUCACUAUUUCUGAAAACUUAAACCUGGCUCUGAACUCAGCAUCUGCAAUUGGCUGUACAGUGGUCAAUAUUGGAUCACAAGAUCUGCAAGAAGGAAAACCACACUUGGUAUUAGGUCUCUUGUGGCAGAUAAUUAAAGUUGGUCUUUUUGCUGAUAUUGAGAUCUCUAGAAAUGAAGCUCUCAUCGCUUUGCUAAAUGAAGGAGAAGAACUAGAUCAGUUAAUGAAGCUUUCCCCAGAAGAGCUCUUGCUACGAUGGGUGAACUACCAUCUGGCCAACGCAGGGUGGCAGAAAAUCAGUAACUUCAGUCAAGACAUUAGGGAUUCCAGAGCAUACUACCAUCUGUUAAAUCAGAUUGCACCCAAAGGAGAUGACUUUGAUGAAAUCCAUGUUGAAAUUGACUUUUCGGGGUUUAAUGAUAAAAAUGACUUGAGGAGGGCUGAAUGCAUGCUCCAACAGGCAGACAAAUUGGGCUGCAGACAGUUUGUAACUCCAGCUGAUGUGGUUGCAGGCAACCCUAAACUCAAUUUGGCUUUCGUUGCAAAUCUCUUUAACACAUAUCCAGCCCUACACAAGCCUGACAAUUCAUCUUAUGAUCUCACUUUAUUAGAAGGAGAAAGUAAUGAAGAAAGGACAUUCAGAAACUGGAUGAAUUCACUGGGUGUAAGCCCAUAUGUUAAUCACUUAUACAGUGACCUCUCUGAUGCUUUAAUAAUCUUCCAACUGUAUGAAAUGACUCGUGUGCCAGUUGACUGGACUCAUGUCAACAAACGUCCUUAUCCUCUACUUGGUGGUAAUAUGAAAAAGAUUGAGAACUGCAAUUAUGCAGUAGAACUUGGGAAGACAAAAGCUAAAUUCUCCCUGGUCGGUAUUGCUGGACAUGAUCUAAAUGAGGGCAAUCCAACUUUGACUUUGGCUUUGAUAUGGCAGCUGAUGAGAAGGUAUACUUUGAAUGUGUUGUCAGACCUUGGAGAGGGUGAAAAAGUUAAUGAUGAAAUUAUUAUAAAGUGGGUGAAUCAGACACUUGCAAAUGCAAAUAAGAAAACUUCAAUUACCAGUUUCAAGGACAAAUCAAUCAGCACUAGUUUACCUGUCUUAGAUUUAAUAGAUGCAAUUGCACCAAAAGCAGUUCGCCAAGAAAUGGUCAAGAGAGAAGACCUUUCUUAUCAAGACAAAUUGAAUAACGCCAAGUAUGCCAUUUCAGUUGCUCGAAAAAUUGGUGCUCGUAUAUAUGCUCUCCCAGAUGAUCUGGUUGAAGUGAAGCCAAAAAUGGUGAUGACAGUGUUUGCAUGUUUGAUGGGAAGAGGACUGAACAAAAUAAAAUAAUGAAGAGAGUUAACACAACUUCCUGUGAUGUUAAGCAUGACAAAUGCUUCACAGCUUACAGAAUUUUGAAGCUUAGUACAAAAUGAAAGAAAUUAUAUGCACAUAUAUACACUCAUUAAUUACAUCCUAAUGUGUUUUUAUGAAACUGGAUGAAAUUUUAAUACACUGAUUAUUUAUGGUUGUUACUAUUUUCAGAAUGUUCAUUAUAAAAUUAAUAACUAAUUUGUAUUGCUUUAAAAACAAACCAACCUAACUGCAUCAAUCAUCAGUUUAUUUAGCAUAUAACCACCUGUAUCAUUUUACCUUUCAUGGUUUUUCAGCACCUAUUGAGAAACUUUUUUUUUAGUGGCUUUUAGUUAGGUUUAGUCAUGGCUGUAUCAAGAUACAUUCCAGUCCCUAUUAGAUUACCCUGAACUUCACAAGUUAUCAUCCUUGCCUUAUUCUUAAAGAGUUUAAAUCGUGUUGAAACCAGAGUCUUGUCAUGGACUUCAGUCAGAGCAAGUGAAAGUCUCUGAUAAUACCUGGAAGCUAAUGAAUAUUCAUGAAGCCGAUAAAACUUUGUGUGGGAAGCAUCUUUAAAUGCAGUAGCUUUGCUAUUGAGCAAGAACUUCUAUCGUCUGUGUCUUGAGGAAAAAAGCAUAGUAAGCAGAAAUGUAAUCAUGUUGUUAGAUCUGUAUAUAUGUUACCUUUUUCAGUUGAACUACAUAUCAGAUUUAAAAAACAUCACAAAAUAUUGUAAAAGUAAACAAUAAAAGCCUGGCCUGUCCAGUUUGGGGGUACACCUAAAUGAA